UGACUUUUAAAACUAUCCACCCUAUGGAUGAAGCUCGGCUCGUGGGCAACUUUGAUACGAUGGGAAAGCUUGCAAAGAUGGGAAAUACCAACCAGGAAAAUCCACAAACUGAAGUUGAUGUUGUGGAAACUCAAAUGGAAGAGCAAAAUGAACAUUCUCACAAAGAUUGGGUGAUUGACACAAAACAAUUCAUCAUCAAUAACGCGGGGCGUCCUUUAUCUCGUCGCUGUUGUAUCUACCGAGCGCAUGUCCUUCGUGAUGUAGAUAAAGCAGCCUUCACGCCUAAAAUUGUUUCAAUUGGUCCUCUGCAUCAUUUCCAAGAACAUUUAAGGGGUAUGGAAGAGACGAAAGUCAAAUUUCUGGAGCAAUUCCUUCAACGUGCUGCCAAGACUGCUAGGUUACAUGAGCACCAUGAACUUACUCGCUUGGAAGAUCGAUUGGCAUUUGUUAAUCCAGAAGAAGUUGAUACUGAAAGAGCCAAUGACUUUCCCUGCUUAGGUAACUUUCUCAACAUUUUAAAAUCUUUGGAAAAUGACAUCCGUAGUAGUUAUGCGGAGAACUUGAACCACAUCGUCAGUGAAGACUUUUUGAGGCUUAUUCUUGUGGAUGCCGCCUUCAUCAUUGAGCUCUUUUUGAGGUCUAAUUUUGGAGGUAUCGUAGAAACCUGGCUACCAACGGAUUAUUUCUUCAUCAUCAUAAGGAAUGAUCUGUGGCUACUGGAAAAUCAACUUCCAUUCUUUGUUCUUCGAGAACUAUACGACUUGGCCUUUGGCUCUUGUUCUGAUAUUUACCCUCCCUUCCUUCAACUUACUUGCAAAUUUUUCGGGCUUUACAAUGAGCAGAAAAAGUCCAUCACAGGAGAAGUAAAUCAUUUCACAGACUUGUUGAGAGCUUUCUUUUUACCGUCAUUUAAAGAUGUAGAGAAUAGUCGCAGUGGUGGAAAACUCGAGGAGAAAGAGCAAAAUUGCGAUGAAGAUGAAUUUGACUUUUCUUAUGAAGUGUUACGUGAACAUUUGCCUAGCGCAACUCAACUACAUGCAGCAGGAGUGAAGUUCCGUGCAAGCGAAAGCAAAUGCCUGCUUGACAUAAAAUUUGCGGAUGGAAUACUUGAAAUACCGUCUCUGCAUAUAUGGGAAGAAACAGCAUAUCUUUUCCGCAUCCUCAUUGCCCUGGAGCAAUAUCACUAUCCACAUGAACAAUUCAUAAGUGACUAUUUCACAAUUAUGGAUUACCUUCUGGACACUAGCAAAGAUAUAGAUUUACUUGUGGAAAAGAAAAUUAUUAAGCACUGGAUUGGAAGCAGUGGUAAAGUGGCCAAUUUGUUUAACAGUCUUUGCACAAAUAUUCUUAAAGGAAGGAUUAACCGAAGGUUCUUUCGUCAUAUAGUGGAGCUGAACAAAUACCACAACCAACCUUGGCAUAGCUGGAAAGCAACCCUAUACCGUCAGUAUUUCAGCACACCUUGGAGAAGUGCUUCUACAGUUGCUGCAACUAUAUUGCUUGUACUCACUUUAGCUCAAACCAUAUUGACUGGUUUCACCUUGUAGCCUUGAAGCUUGAUGUGUUAAGUAUGUAAUAAGUUGUAAUUCUGGCAUGUAUUAAAGCUUGCUAAUUUCUUGCA